UAGUUCAACGGAGCUGUUGAGACCAAUUGAUCCGCUACACAGCUCAAGUUCCACCAGGCUACUCUACAACCACGACAAAGUAGCGCAACCAACGCUACGGGCAUCGUACGCAAUACCUUGGACAAGAUGACCGACUCGCUAGCUUCUAGCGUCCAAGCUAUGGAUUUGGGUGCACCCGAUGUCGAUGAUCUUAUAGAAAGAUGCAAAACACUGCACGAAGAAGUCGAGCAAUACGUCAUAGCCGUCGACACCAGCCAAAGGCAGGCCAAGAUACCAUUCCAGGUGGAAUACCGCACCUUGCGAAGCGACUUCAAGAAUGAGCUGGCAUUUCUGCAAAAGUUGAAGAGCGCGAAUCACCCACCAGAAAAGGCUCGGCAUUACGCUGUGUCGUCUAAUCUUCUGUACUAUGAGGCGCUCUGGGCAGCCGCGAAAAGGUCGUCAGGUUUACUUGCGUUCCGUAAGUACUUCUAUUGGAAUCGACAGAAAGGACAGGCCAAGAAUGCAACCAGCUCUUACAAAGGCGGCGUGUCCAAGGGGAAGACCUCUGCGCUGGUGGACAUAGUGGCUGCCGAUGGCAUGGAAUGGAUACGCGUAUCGACCACAUCUGAAAAACGACUCUUGUUCGACCUCGCUAAGAUGGGCUGGCAAAACGACUCCGACUCCGACUCGGAGAUGGAAGACGCUGUUCCGAGCAACUGGGAGGACGAAGACGACGACGACCAGGUCGAGAUUGUCAAGAGUGCGCGCGAGCUGGCUCGGGCCGCGCGAGCGAACCCAAUGCGUGGGCACGCGCCAAAAGUACGCUACGUCCUCACGCGACUCGCUUCAGGAAGACUCAAAGAGGUGGACAUGGUUCUAGACAAAAUGAGAGCGGUCGGCAUUAUAGUCGAGUGUGCGAACGAGAUACCAGGCACUCCAUCAGUCCAAGACGCGCUUCCGAACCUGUUAGUCGAUCGGUCAAGGACUCUUUCCAAGACGUUGAACAUCGACUGUACCAUUCUUCUGGCGUUGAUAUCGGACAUCUCCCAUGGCGAAUGCGAGAUAUUGGACUGGUAUCCCGGCGAAGUACGUGCCCAGAUUCUCGAAGAGCAAAAGGAGAAGCUCCUCCCAACACAUCUCUACCCGGCAAUUGCCUCGCACCCUAUGGUCACCACCCAAGAAGCUGCCGAGCAGAUGAAUGUCAUUGUCGACACUCUCGCCACUGAUGCUGAAAAACGCCGGGCAAAUCUUCUCCUCGCCCAGCGUGACUGUCAAGAUAUGGCACCCACCGACAUCCUCAAAGAGUGGCAAACUCUCUCCGAUCACCCUUCACCACCAAGUUUCCAGCUCCCCAUCCGCGUCUUCCCAGCUCAUGUCUCCUCCCGCAUUGACACACUCCCCGCUGCCGCGAAGAAGAUGCAGACUGAAUUGGGAGAGCUGAACGCGGCGAUUUUUUUCUACGGGUGGGCAGAGGGUCUCACUACGCUGAGUAGCAAUCGCGCGCGGGCAAAGCAGAUAGAGCGUUUUAUUAACGAGGUGGGACUGAAAGAUGGGCAGUCAGGACCACACGUGUGGUUAUGUGGAGAGAGCAGGAGUCUGAUUGCGAAGUGUGGACGGAGGAAGUGAAAGUGCAGAGAGGGUGACCUGAGUGCGGGUAAAAGCUCAGUGAGAGUUCGGUUAAGAACGGCUGGGCGAGAAAGAGUUCUUUCCUGCUAAACUGAGACAUACUUUACCUUGGCUUGACUCGCACUGAUUUUCUUAGAGCUCGUCAUUUGAGUUGUAAAAAAGCUGCUAUGAUCUACCAGCAAUGUGGUGGUUCCCUGGCGCACCGCCCCAGGCACCCACCAGCUUCUCA